GUUGCAUUUUAUCAUGGAUCCAAAAUCUAAAUCGACACCGGGAAAAUGAAAAUGGCUGCUGGGACAGCAGUAGCUGUGAUUAGAAGGAAUAGUCCUGGCACUAAAUCGCAGAACUGGUGCAAAUGGGAAGAUGAAUCAUUUGAAGAAAUGGACAGCACUCUAGCUGUCCAGCAGUUCAUUCAGCAGGCAAUACGCAAAGAUUUCACCAAUGUUGAUGAGAUUCUUACUCCACCAGAAGGGCAGGAUGAAGGAGUCUGGAAGUACGAACAUCUCAGACAGUUCUGUAUGGAGCUAAAUGGAUUGGCUGUUAAACUGCAGCAAAGUGACUGUAAUCCUGAGAACUGUACGCAGAUGACGGCAACAGAACAGUGGAUUUUCCUGUGUGCCGCUCACAAGACGCCUAAAGAGUGUCCAGCGAUAGACUACACUCGGCACACACUAGAUGGCGCUGCCUGUCUUCUCAACAGUAACAAAUACUUCCCUAGUCGUGUAAGCAUCAAGGAAUCCUCUGUGGCCAAGCUGGGAUCAGUGUGUCGUAGAGUGUACAGAAUAUUUUCUCAUGCGUACUUUCAUCACAGAGGUCUGUUCGAUGAAUAUGAGAAUGAAACCUACCUGUGUCGGAGAUUCACUCAGUUUGUCACCAAGUACAGCCUGAUGUCUAAAGACAAUCUUAUUGUUCCCAUUCUGGAGCUGUCUUCCAUCGAGGGUGAAAGUGAGGCGUGAAGCUUUGAUCAUCUUGAUCUGUUACUGGGCAGAACAACCUUCUACAGGUGGACUAAACAGAAGCAGGGAAACAUCACUACACUAGUUUUUAUGCUUCACCUUACACAAAAUGGUCACAUUGGGAAACAACCAAAUUGUUUUUGAACGUUACUGUUGUUAAAUGCAGAUCUUGGUGAAUUCGCAUCCCGUUGUCAUAAGUCUGUUUGAAUUGCACUGCGAGAUUGCAGUCUCCAGAGUUUGGUGAAUUAGGCCCCUGGUGUUUCUGUUUGUUAAGUCAGCAUGAUCCACAGAGAAGUGUGUGCGAAGCUGUUAGUUAUUAUCGUGUACGUCUGAAUUGUGGCACCAGCUCUUUAAAAGAACCAACUAGCUCUUCAAACCUGCUGGGGAAUGUCAUCUUACAUGGACACAAUCGGAACCAGAUUGUUAUCAACAGUGAUGCAAUAACUAUUGUGUAGGCAAUUUUUGGCAUGCUUUUGUUCAGGCACUCCUGACGUGGGCACAACUUUGGACUUUGCUAUAUCUUUUCAUUCGAGCUCAUCAUCAUGUCUGUAUUCUAUAUUAUUCUAGUUGACCUUAUUUAUCCGAUAUAAAAGUCAAACCAGCAUGACAUUGUUAUGUAUUCUCUGUACUGUAUUUAUUCUCUGUACUGUAUUUAUUGUAUUGUAGUACCGAGUAAAUAAUCAACUCAU